AUGGGUGGCCUACAGUACUCCUCCGCUACAGUACUACUAUUUUUAGCUUUGGGUCUCGCCACGGCGUUGGAUAAUGGAUUAGCAAGGUAAGGGGGUUACUGUAGUUUUUGGCGCCAGUAUUUUGAUAUCAAAUAUGACUAGGUUCGGGUUACUGUAGAUCUACAGUAACCCUGGGCUUGUUUGGUCUCAAAAUGAUCGCAAGAAAAACUACAGUAACCCAAAAUUGUUCGCUUCAGGACCCCACCAAUGGGUUGGAUGUCGUGGACGGCGUUCUACUGUGAAAUUGAUUGUGUCAAACAUCCGACUGGUUGUAUCAAUGAGCAAUUGUAUAAGGAUAUGACGGAUCGAUUGGGUGAGUGGCGGGAAAUUUGAAAAAUUCAAAAAAUUUGCGAUUUUUUGAGUAUAAAUAUGCCUAUAGGGUUGGGAGCCUUGUGGAAGUCUUUGUCAAGGAGCGGAGCCUUGAGAGCACCGUUGUCUGUAGGAGCCGCGGCUUGAGAACCCCUGUUUCAAGCAGCCGAGCCUUGAGAGUAUGUUUGUCAAGCAGCCGCGCUUUGAGAACCAAGUAGUCUAGGAACCACGCCUUGUCGACCUCUAUGUCAAGCAUCUGCGCCCUGUGAAUCCCCUUUUCAAGCAGCUGAGCCUUAAGAACCCCCUUUUCAAGCAGCCACGCCUUCUAGAGCCACAGCCCCUGAGAGCAUGUAUGUCAAGCAGCCGAGCCUUGAGAACCUACCUCUCAAGCAGCCGCGCCUCGAGAAACUAUUUGUCAAGCAGCCGCGCCUUGAGAACCCAUAUUUCAAGCAGCCGAGCCUUGUCGAUCCUUAUGACAAGCAGCCGAGCCUUGAGACUAUGCUUGUCAAGCAGCCGAGCCUUCUAGAGCUUCAUGUCAAGCAGUCGAGCCUUGAGAAUCCCCUUUUCAAGCAGUCGCGCCUUCUAGAGCUUCAUGUCAAGCAGCCGAGCCUUGAGAGCAUGUUCGUCAAGCAGCUGAGCCUUGAGGCACCCCUGUUGCAAGCAGCCGAGCUUUGAGAACCUAUUUGUCUAGGAGCCACGCCUUGAAAGCAUGUUCGUCAAGCAGCCGAACCUUCAGACACCCUUUUUCAAGCAGCUGAGCCUUAAAAGCAUGCUCGCCAAGCAGCCGAGCCUUGAGGACCUAAAAACACGGUUCUAGGCCUAAAAUCCCCCAAAAUUCCCGAUUUUCACCCGAUUUUUUCAGCCGAAGACGGAUAUCUGGAAGCCGGCUAUCAUUCGGUGCACAUUGAUGAUUGUUGGUCAGAAAUGGAGAGAGAUUCGAACGGGGUGCUGGUGGCGAACAAGACAAGAUUCCCAAGUGGAAUGAAAGCGCUGGCGAAAUAUGUAAGGGGGGUUUUGAGCCAGGGCGGAAAAUUUGGGAUUUUUUGAGUAUAAAUAAGGCCAGAGCCCGGUAAUCCACGUUUUUUGAGUCCGAACAAGCCUAGAGGCCCAUUUCGGCUCAAAAUUUGGGAUUUUUUGAGCCCGAAUAAGCCUAGAGCCCAAGAAAUGCCCAAAAUGUCCAAUUUCAGAUGCACGACAAGGGCAUAAAUUUUGGAAUCUAUGAGGAUUACGGUACCAAGACUUGCGGAGGAUAUCCGGGAAGUUAUCAACAUUUAAAAACGGACGCGGAAACUUUUGCCGCGUGGGAUGUGGAUUAUUUGAAAUUGGAUGGUUGUAAUAUAAAUUUGGAUCUAAUGCCAAUCGGAUAUCCGGAAAUGGGAAGAGAAUUGAAUAAAACUGGUAGACCUAUUAUAUAUUCGUGUAGUUGGCCGGCUUAUUUAGUGGGUAUGUAUUUUUCAGCCAUUUUCAGCGAUUUCCAUGAGUUUCAGCGCAAAAUUUGGGUCUGGAAACGUAUUUUUCCCCUGGUUGAUCCAUUUUUUUUGGAAUUUUUGGCACAAUUUUGGUUUAAGCGUUUCUAGACCCAAAUUUUGUGCUGAAAACGCUGGAAUUAUUGAUUUUCAGAGAAUUUCAGCGAUUCCAUGAGUUUCAGCGCAAAAUUUGGGUCUAGAAACAUAAUUUCUACAGUAACCAGGUUGAUCCAUAUUUUUUUUUUUGGAAUUUUUGGGCACAAUUUUUGUUUAAGCGUUUCUAGACCCAAAUUUUGCGCUGAAAACGCUGGAAUCAUUGAUUUUCAGAUAUUUUCAGCUAUUCUAUGAGUUUCAGCGCAAAAUUUGGGUCUAGAAACAUUUAAAAGAGUACUGUAGAAAAUUGUGCAAAAAAUUCCAAAAAAGGUUCAACUGGGUUACUGUAGAACAUUCUUCUAGGCUGAAAUUUUGCGCUGAAAACGCUGAAAAUUCUGAAAAUCACUGAAAAUCAAGCUUUUCAUGAGUUUCAGCACAGAAUUUGGGUCUAGAAACAUAUUUUCUACAGUAAUCCGGUUGAUCCAUUUUUUUUUGGAAUUUUCGGCACAAUUAUUGUUUAAGCGUUUCUAGACCCAAAUUUUGUGCUGAAACUCAUGCAAAUACUAGUUUUCAGCGAUUUUCUGCAUUUCCACGAGUUUCAGCGCAAAAUUUCAGCCUAGAAACAUUUAAAAGGGUACUGUAGAAAAUUGUGCAAAAAAUUCAAAAAAAAAUGGAUCAACCAGAAAAUCGCCGAAAAUGAACUUCUGGACUGCAAUUUUGCGCUGAAAACGCUGAAAACGCUGAAAAUCGCUGAAAAUCAAUAAUUCCAGCGUUUUCAGCGCAAAAUUUGGGUCUAAAAAAUUGUACAAAAACAAGUUUCUAUACCCAAAUUUUGUGCUGAAAACGCUGAAAAUGUCCAAUUUUUUCAUAGAUCAACCGCAAAAAGUGGAUUAUAAUUUGAUUGGAAAAUGGUGUAAUACUUGGCGUAACUUCGAUGACAUCAAUUCCUCGUGGAAAUCAAUUCAAAGUAUCAUAAACUACUACGAUCAUAAUCAGGAUAAACAUAUUCCAACACAUGGACCCGGAAAAUGGCAUGAUCCAGAUAUGUUAGUUAUCGGAAAUCCGGGCAUUACUGUAGAUAUGAGUUUGGCACAAAUGACUAUUUGGUGCAUUUGGGCGGCUCCGUUGAUUAUGUCGAAUGAUUUGAGAAUUAUUGGAAAAGAAUUUCGAGACAUUUUAUUGAAUAAAGAAGCAAUUAGGAUAAAUCAGGAUCGAAUGGGAAUUAUGGGAAGAUUGGUGGCGAAUGUGAGUGGACCGGGCUUUGGGCUUUGGGCUUGGGUUGAAGGGCUUCAGGCCAAUGAGCAUACACUCGCUCCGCUCGCCGCUACGCGGAAGAUAGUGGCGCUUCGCGCGAGCUUGCGGGGAGACUAGCGGCACGCCGCUAGUCGUAGGCUAGAUGGCUAGAGACGCAGAGGGAAAUACACUCGCUCCGCUCGAGCCGCUGCGCGGAAGCUUGCACCAGACAGCUAGAGAGUAUAGAGAUGGUUAGAGACGCAGAGGGGCUAGACGGCUAGAUAUUGCGGGAUUUCAAGAGAGUGUGGAGAAGCUAAAGAUUAUAUGAAGGUUAGUGACGCAGAGAAAUUAGACAUCUAGAGACAGUUAGAGACGCAGAAAAACAGGCAGCUAGAUAAGGUUAGAGAGCACUAGAUUCGUUUGAGAGAGGCUACUAGGCUAGACAACUAGAGAAAGGUUAGAGACGCAGAGACGCUAGAGAACCAGAGACAGUUAGAGACGCAGAGGGAUAUACACUCGCUGCGCUCGAGCCGCUGCGCGGAAGAUUCCAGGGCGCUUCGCGCGAGAUAGCUAGAGAGCAUAGGGAAGUUAGAGACGCAGAGAAGCUGGACAGCUAGAAAGUAAAGAAUUUCUAGAGAGUGUAGAUAAGUUAGACAGCUAGAGAAUAUUAUAAGGUUAGAGACGCAGAGAAAUUAGACAUUUAGAUAUGGUUAGAGACGCAGAGGGCAUACACUCGCUCCGCUCGAGCCGCUUACGCGGAAGAUUCCGGGGCGCUUCGCGCAAGCUUGCGGAAAAAUUUUCAAAUUUAAUCUGUUGCCACGUGGGCAAAGUACAAUUCCUCUGCGUCUCUAACCUCUCUACUUCAGCUCCUCUGCGUCUCUAACCUCCUUAUGCUCUCUAGCUGUCUGCCGCAAGCUUGCGCGAAGCGCCCCGGAAUCUUCCGCGCAGCGGCUCGAGCGGAGCGAGUGUAAAUCCCUCUGCGUCUCUAACCUCUCUACCUCAGCUCCUCUGCGUCUCUGACAUGUUCUGGUUGUCUAGCUCCUCUGCGUCUCUAACUCCCUCGUGUUCUCUGGCUAUCUAAUUCCUCUGCGUCUCUAACCUUCUCAUGAUCUCUAGCUAUCUAGCUCCUCUGCACUCUCUCCCCUCCCUAUACUCUCUAGCUGUCUUGCGCGAAGCGCCCCGGAAUCUUCCGCGCAGCGGCUCGAGCGGAGCGAGUGUAUGUCCCUCUACAUCUCUAACCUCUCUAGCUCACCUUCUCGUGAUCUCUAGCUGUCUAGUAUCUCUGCGAUCUCUCAAAUCUUACACUCUCUAGCUGUCUAGCCCCUCUCCAUCUCUAACCUCCUCCAUAUUUUUUUGCAGACCACCGACAUUGGUCUCUACGUCAAGCCCCUCUCCUCUGAGAGCCCUGAAGUCAGUUUGUCAUUCGCCAUCGCAAUCCUGAAUCGCAACCUCUCCACCCCAAAAUCCGUGCAAUUCCACCUCAAACAUCUCGGUCUCACAAAUCAAUUCGGAUAUCGAGUUCGCGAAAUUUGGAGCGGAAAAGAUUAUGGGCGGAAGAUGCCGCAUGACGAGGUGGAGAUCCGCGUGAAUCCGACGAGUGCCGCACUCUUCCGCGCCGAUCCGCUUGCUGGAAAUGAGCCGAGAUUUGAGAAGAAACCCGAAAUGCCGUGGUGGUGGUUGUAG